GCAACUGUUUGGACUAAUGAUUACACCAGACUCUAGUAAAGUAAGGGUGACGCGUUUGCAGCGAUACAAUUGAAAAGAAAGCAGUAACAAGUAAUCUUGUGUGUCGGAUCAGUGGAACAACAAGGGAGCAAAUUGAACGGAUGGAAUUUACGAGUAACGGUGUUCACCUAUGAGAUAAGCAGCUUGAUCAACUCUCUCCCGCGGUGGAUCCUCUACAUUUAGGCCUGAUGGAGCUGGGCACGCGACAAGCGUUGACCACCGGGGAACACACAACACGCUCUGCCCCCCAUCGCCGACCUUGAAAGGAGGGACACUCCGCUACUCCCAACCUUCCCUCCUCUUCCACUACCUCCUCUGGUACAACUCCCCCCUUCCUCCCUCCCUCCCUCCUCCCCGGUUCUGAAAUGGUGAUGGUGAUGAUGAUGAAGCUGAAGCAGAACCUGCUGGUGGCCUGUCUGGUCAUCAGCUCAGUCACAGUCUUCUACUUGGGUCGUCACGCCAUGGAGUGUCACCACCGCAUCGAGGAGCGCAGCAGCCAGCCUGGGGACCAAGGGGUUCUGGGGGGCCUUCAGGGGUCAAGAGGGUUGCUCCUGGGGGGUUCUUUGAGCUCCUCCACCAUCCUGCGGGGCUCUGGUCCCGGGGGCCAUAACCUCUCCGCUCCAUUCGUCUACAACAAAGACAUGCCUCUAGUAUUCAUUGGAGGGGUUCCCAGGAGUGGGACCACAUUGAUGAGAGCCAUGCUGGACGCUCACCCCGAGGUUCGUUGUGGAGAGGAGACCAGGGUUAUUCCACGUAUCCUGGCCAUGAAACAGAUGUGGUCGCGGUCUGGGAGGGAGAAGAUGCGUCUGGACGAGGCCGGGGUGACAGACGAGGUCCUGGACGCCGCCAUGCAGGCCUUCCUCCUGGAGAUCAUCGUGAAGCACGGCGAGCCCGCCAACUUCCUCUGUAACAAGGACCCCUUCGCUCUGAAGUCCCUCUCCUACCUGGCUAAGAUCUUCCCGCACGCCAAGUUCGUGCUCAUGAUCCGGGACGGACGCGCCUCGGUCCAUUCGAUGAUCUCGCGUAAGGUGACGAUCGCUGGCUUUGACCUGGGCAGCUACAGAGACUGCCUGACCAAGUGGAACAGGGCCAUAGAGACCAUGUACACUCAGUGCCUGGAUGCCUCAGACAAGUGCCUGCCAGUGCAUUAUGAACAGCUGGUGCUCCAUCCAGAGAAGUGGAUGAGGACGCUGCUCAAAUUCCUGGACAUUCCCUGGAACGAGGCGGUGCUUCACCAUGAAGAACUCAUAGGGAAAGCAGGAGGUGUUUCCCUCUCCAAGGUGGAGAGGUCUACAGACCAGGUGAUCAAGCCGGUCAACGUGGAGGCCUUAUCCAAGUGGGUGGGCAAGAUCCCUGUGGACGUACUGCGGGACAUGCCCGUCAUCGCCCCCAUGUUGUCCCGUCUGGGGUACGACCCCCACGCCAACCCUCCCAACUACGGCCGGCCAGACCCCAAGGUCCUUGACAACACCAGGAGGGUCUUUAAAGGUGAAUUUCAGCUACCUGAGUUUCUAAGAGAACAAUCUCAGCUUCAGAAGACUCCAGAGAAAACAAACCCCAGUUAGGAGGAGCAACCAACAUGCCACACAGACAAGACGGGGCACCGAUGGACAAACAUCCAAUACAACACCACUUUUUGGGGACCUCAGUACUCUUCCAUGGACACACACACACAAACACAUACGCUAUAUAUACAAAAGUAUGUGGACAUUACUUCCAAUUAGUGGAUUCGGCUAUUUCAGCCACACCCGUUGCUGACAGAUGUAUAAAAUCGAGCACACUGCCGUGCAAUCUCCAUAGACAAACAUUUGCAGUAGAAUGGCCCCGAACUGAAGAGCUCAGUGACUUACAACGUGGCACUGUUAUAGGAUGCCACCUUUCUGCCCUGCUAGAGCUGCCCCGGUCAACUGUAAGUGCUGUUAUUAUGAAGUGGAAACGUCUUGGAGGAAUCAACGUCAAAGCCACGAAAUGGUAGGCCACACGAAGUCACAGAACUGGACCGCCGAGUGCUGAAGCGCGUAGAAAUCGUUGCAAACACUCACUCACGAGCCCCUGGAAGUAACUUCAGCACAAUAACUGUUCGUCAGGGGAGCUACAUGAAACGGGUUUCCGUGGCAGAGCAGCCGCACACAAGCCUAAGAUCACCAUGCGUAAUGCCAAGCGUCGGCUGUAGUGGUGUAAAGGUUGCCGCCAUUGGACUCUGGAGCAGUGGACCAACUCCAUAUUAAUGCCCGUGAUUUUGGAAUGAGAUGUUCUACGAGCAGGUGUCCACAUACUUUUGGUCAUAGUGUAUAACAUCAUGACUGGAUAUAACCGUAUUCCACACUGGCUUUGUGGAGAAACUCUCUUGGCCUUUUGAUGUUCGUACUGUAAACAAAUGAUGCAUUUGUCACAAAAUGGUGACCAGAGAAUGUCUAUGUUACUAUCUUUCUUGUCGAGGGUUGCAACAUUUCCCCAAUUUCCUAGAUUUUCCAAAAAAAUCCCAGUUGGGAGAUUCCUGAGAUCCUACAACCAGGAUUUCUGGAAAAACAUGGAAAUAUUUAGAAAGUUACCAGAAUUUUUAAAAACAAUUCUCGUGACACCAAAUGUUUUUUUCUUCUUUUAAAUGAUUUCUCCUGUAAAUAUAAAUAUAUAAAUCUGUGAUUCUGUUGUAAGAAAAUACAGUGGACUUAAACAUCAAAAAAAGUGAAUAAUGUAUUUAUGGAUGACAUUUUGCUUUUUGAAGAUGCAAUAUCUAUUUUAAUGUUUGUUUUUCAUGCCUUUCUAUAGUGCGAUUCCAUGGGUACGGAUGUACAAGAUCUGUUUUUAAGUAUUGACAGUGAUAAAAGAUGGCAUUUUGUAAA